GCAUAAAUAAUGAUGACGAAGAGCACGAGCAGUGCGAUGUGCAGAAGCGGCACCAGAGCCUUCAUGAUGGAAUUGAGCACUAUGUGCAGGCCUGCAGAGAGCAAGGGCCGGGUAAAGACGCACUGCACUCGCUGUCGAAACUACACUUCCCGGCUCUCCGGUGGCAGCCCGUGACACUCCUUGGACGGGGGCGCGGAGCUGGGUUUCAACUGCUGUGCCUCCCUUGUUCGCUUGCUUGGACCCGGCCCCGGACCCAGCCCCAGCCCCGGACAUAGCUUCACCAUGGAGGAGGCAGACCGAAUUCUCAUCCAUUCCCUGCGCCAGGCCGGCACGGCAGUUCCUCCAGAAGUGCAGACCCUGCGAGCCUUUACCACUGAGCUGGUUGUAGAAGCUGUUGUCUGCUGCCUGCGUGUGAUCAACCCUGCUGUGGGCUCUGGCCUCAGCCCCCUGCUGCCUCUGGCCAUGUCUUCUCGUUUCCGCCUGGCCAUGAGCCUGGCUCAGGCCUGCAUGGACCUGGGCUAUCCUUUGGAGCUUGGCUAUCAGAACUUCCUCUACCCCAGUGAGCCUGAUCUCCGGGACCUGCUUCUCUUCUUGGCUGAGCGUCUACCUACCGAUGCCUCUGAGGAUGCAGACCAGCCUGCAGGUGACUCAGCUAUCCUUCUCCGAGCUAUUGGGAGCCACAUUAGGGACCAGCUGGCCCUGCCCUGGGUUCCACCCCUCCUUCGCCCUCCUAAGCUGCAGCACCUCCAGGGCUCAGCCCCCCAGAAGCCUUUCCAUGCCAGUAGACUGUUCAUGCCUGAGUUGAGUUCCAGAGGAGAGUCCCGAGAGUUCCAGGCAAGUUCCCUGUUACUACCAGCCCCAACCCAGGCACCUCAUCCUGCUGGGAGGGUGGCCUCGCUCCUCGAAUGCCAUGCCAUUCAGCUCUGCCAGCACACAGGCCAGGACCACCCUGGUGACAAGGACUGGGUCCACAGGACAUCCCGCCUUCCUACCCAGGAGGAUACUCGGGCUCAGAGGCAGAGGCUUCAGAAGCACCUGGCUGAGUAUCUGCGUCAGAUGUGGGGCCAGCUGGGUCCCUCUCCUCAAGCCCGAGACCUAGGAGAGCUGAUGCAGUCCUGGGGUGCUGGGACCAGAACUGGUGUUCCUAAGGGCUCUCGCUUCACACAUUCAGAGAAGUUCACCUUCUGUCUGGAGCCCAAGGCCCAGGCAGCCCAGGUGUCAGAUGUGCCAGCCACCUCCCGGUGGCCUGAACAGGACACAUGGGCAGCUCAAGAGCAGGAGCUGGAGGCCCUUCAGGAGCAGCUAGAGGGAGUGAACCGCAACAUUGAAGAGGUUGAAGCCAACAUGAAGACCCUGGGAAUCGGCCUCGCACAGGUGGAGGCCAAGUGUCGGCAGAGUGAACUUAGCACAUCGGAGAGGGAGCAGGCCCUGCGCCUAAAGAGCCGGGCGGUGGAGCUGCUGCCAGACGGGGUUGCCAACCUUGCCAAGCUGCAGCUUGUGGUAGAGAGCAGUGCCCAGAGGGUCAUCCAUUUGGUGGGCCAGUGGGAAAAGCACCGGGUCCCACUCCUUGCUGAAUACCGCCAUCUACGAAAGCUCCGGGAUUGCAGAGAGCUGGAAUCUUCUCGACGGCUGGCAGAGAUUCAAGAGCUGCACCAGAGUGUUCGGGCAGCUGCUGAGGAGGCCCGCAGGAAAGAGGAGGUCUAUAAACAGCUGGUGUCUGAGCUGGAAACCCUACCCAGAGAUGUGUCCAGGCUGGCCUAUACCCAGCGUAUCCUGGAGAUUGUGGGCAACAUCCGGAAGCAGAAGGAAGAGAUCACUAAGGAUGCCAAGAAGGAUGAUGCUGUUCGGAAGGCCUACAAGUAUCUAGCUGCCUUGCAUGAGAACUGCAGUCAGCUCAUCCAAACCAUUGAGGACACGGGCACUAUCAUGCGGGAGGUUCGAGACCUUGAGGAGCAGAUCGAGAUGGAGAUGGGCAAGAAGACCCUCAGCAACCUGGAGAAGAUCCAAGAGGACUACCGGGCCCUUCGCCAGGAGAACGCAGGCCUCCUGGGGCGGGUCCGUGAGACUUGAGGGGCUCCGGACAGAGGUCUCCCCUACCCCAGACUUCAGCAGGGAUUUGGGGAGUUGGAGGCGAUGGCCAAGUGCUUGUUCUGUGUUUGCUGCCAAGUCCCUCCUACUUUGGUGACUCCUGCCCACCUGACCCCAACCCUUGUCUGGGGCGAACAUCCAGAAAGUAGGAGCUUGGCUGCAGUUUAUUGGGGAGGACACUGAGGGUUGGGGCCUUGGAUCUCAAAUAAAUGAGGGACUGUCUGUAGUCUAA